AUGAGAUUAAUUAGAUAUUUAAAUUGUCUUCAUCGUUUAAAUGUCUUUCAUAGUCGUUCAUCAUCAGUUGAACCUCAACAACAAACAAAUGUAACUGUUAUAAAUGAUUGUGAAAAUUUAUUUGAAACAAUUAAAAAUGAACAAUUAGCUGAACAAGUUUGUUCUCUUAUUUAUAUUAAGACAAAAGUAUUUCAACAAAAAUUACAAAGAAGUAAAAUAUAUUCAGCAUUAAAUCGUUUUUCAAAUCGUCCACCUAUUUAUCCAACUGUUGUUAAAGAAGCACGAACAUCUUCAAAUAGAUUUCAACAUUUCUUCUUUUUUUAUUUAAAUAUAUAUCGAUGUUAUUCUAGAAUAACUCCGACAGUAUCAUUAAUAAAUGAUCAACAUCGAAUUAAAUUAGGAAUUCCAGUAAAUCGUCAUAAUAGUGUAACUAAAGCAAAUAAUUUAGAAAAUCUAACUGUUUUUCUUCGUCGUCCACGUGAAGAACCAAUUGAAUGUUUAGUUAUUCGACCAAAUGAUUUAUUAUUAAAAGAUGUUAAAACAGGUCGAUUUAUUCAUGCUCAGCACGAUGAACUUGAAUAUGUUCAUAUUCCUGAAGAAGAAGAUCAAGAAGUUACUUUUGCUUUAAAACAACCUGGAGAAGCAACACUUUCAUAUCUUAUUCAUGGAAUAAGAUGGUCACCUCGUUAUAAUUUAAUAGUUGAAUCUGAUGAUCAUCAAUUUGAAGCUUGGGCUGAUAUGACAAAUAAUACUAAACGAGAAUUCCGUUGUCUUGAAGAAUGUUGUUGUUCAUCUGCAUCACAAUCAACUCCAACAAUUGAAUCUGAAGGGGAAUUAGCUGAAAAAUAUUCAGGUUUACAAUAUUAUUUUCAAGAAAGAACAGAAAAAGGAAAAUUUCAAAGAAAAUACAGAAUUGAAUCUGAUAAAUUUUUACCUAAAGGUACAGUUACUAUUCGUGAAGAUGGAAGAGAUUUAGAUGGUGGAAAUGAUCCAGAUGUUAAAUAUACACGUGGUGUUAAAAUUUUAUCACAAAAACAUGAUUUAGCUUUAUAUUUAAUUAAUUUAACAAUUCAAAAUUCAAAAACACAACCAAUUAAAUAUGAAUAUAAAGAAAUAAUAUCUUCAGUUAAAUUUGCAAUAACUCCAAAAAAUAAUAAUGAACAAUUAAAAGCUAAUCAUGAACAAAUUUUUCAAUAUGAAGUUUUACUUGAAUAUAAAAAUAAUCAAGAACAAUGUCCAACUGUUUAUCAAAAUGAUUAG